GACAAAAGCAAGCAUGCCAUAUCGUAAACUAAAUGUCAUUACUUCAAAAGCGAGUGACAGUGUGCAGGCACCUCCUGUUCAAGUUAUCAGGAAGCACAAGUCGCCGUCCCAACUCCGAUAUGACAGGAAACGAAGGAGGGAGUGGAAGCAGAGGAAAAGGUCUUCCCAUGAAAAGAAACCGAUGUCUCCUGAUCAUUCACCAUAUCCACGAGGAUCAACUGGUGAGCCGUUCAUACAACAUGAAGAUAAACAUAUUUGUAAUACUGUGAGUGUGGAACCAGUUUGUGAGAAACUUGAUGCAAAACCCAAGGUUCAACAUCAACAGCCAACUACUUUUGCCCCAGUGCUACAUAAUGCUAUUGUUCAUCAUGUAUCAUCUCAUUCUGUGCCGUCUCCGGGACCACGUUUGAAAGCUGCUAGGUCAGUACCGACAUCAGUCCCUGAAGCAUGUGUUUCUAUUGACAGCAAGGACAUGCUAGCAUUUUUAACAGGAAAAAGAAGCGAUCUUCCUCAGAAGCUUGUGUAUAAGUAGACAUUUAUCAAAUUGAACACUUAUUAACAUAAUGAUUUGUGAAUCUUAGAUCGUGACAUUCUAGAGGAUACUUAUUCAUUUUUGAUGGACGUUGUUCCCCAAUGAAGCCUAUAGUUACCUUGAUCAACCAUUAUUAUUUUAUUUUUUUCCUUCACAAAGAAUGUGCUUAAAAUGAGUAUUACAUAUGGAUAUAUUUCAUUGAAUGCAGGAAACAUAAUGUAUUGAUUGCCAUCUUCCCAAUGUGUCAAGCCAUUACAGUAUCACUGGUAUAUAAUGCAUGUUAAAGAUAUUUGAUGCACUUGUUCUGAGAAAUAGAUAGCCAAAGACAGAUUGCAGACUAUUGAGUAUUUGGAUUCAAACAUGAAAUAUUGUGGUUGACUGUAUUAUAUAUGUUACCAAGCGUGUAUGUGAGUGUUUGUACCUAGUAGCGCUUAUAGGUGAUUAUAAGAGGGGUAUGUGGUUACAUAUAGAUUUUUUUUGAUUUUCUACUAUUUCUAUGGCUUGUAUGUAUAUCUGUUCUACUCUGGUUUAUGCUCUGAUGUGAUUGUAGGAUACACAUUAGAUACAUAUAUCUAUAUCAAACUGUGUUUUCAAACCAUGCUUAUUAGUUGAUAAUGCUUACACUUGUGCUACCAGUCUACUACAAACUGAAGAUGGUCAUUUCAAAAUGCAUGUUAUUAUGAUACUAUACAUGUAUAUUUUUCAUUACCUUGUAAUUCGUAACAUCAUAUUUCUAAACAUAUCAUUAGUUUUUAAUAUGAAAUUAGUACUAAAUUGGCGCUUCCUGACUAGUUCAAAAAAAUUACUGGUACGGAAUCCGGCUUUGUUUUUAAUUCCGGAUCUCCUGUCCGGAGACCGGCUUCUUUUGUCAAUUUUAUUAGUUGCGAGGUUGUUGUUUCCGGUGAAUAAAGUGGAGGGAAACACAUGUUCUUGUCAGCGUACGUACUCUUUGUAUUAUAAACGUACGGAUCAACGCCUCAUUAUCACUGCAGGCGAGUUCCCCAAACUCAAAACGUUGACCCAACAUCGGUUAACAAUGCUUCCUUGGGGUGAAAAUAUGCAAUAUCACCCUCUCAUGAAUGUGAUAUUUAUAUAGAAGUGCAUAGAUAAACCGUCAAGACUCGAAUGACUAUGUUACCCUCAAACUACCUUUCUAACUCGAUAGACACCCGUGUCGCCCCUGCAACACGUGCCGCACGUCACACGUUAACCGUCCCGCCUCUAGCGGCUGUAGCUACCUGUGUGAUCACCUUGGCCACAUAUCCGGAUACUAGUACACCUGUACUACCUGCGCUACAUACAUGACGGUAUACCGUGGAUAUAAUAAAUAUACCAUAUACACUGCUAUGGAUGACAAGCUAAAACAGAAAUAUACACUACCGGAAAACAAAUUAAAAGGUCGUUACAUCUCCUGUAAUAUAAAGGUAUAUGCAAAAGUUGUGAAAAAAACCCUGCAUGAAUGAGAUGAACUUUCAUAGCCGUCUGUGUCAUAUACACAUAACCACAUUAUAACCAUAUGUUAUUGCCCUGAUGUUACUUAACAUUAUGGAGAAGACAGGGGACACACUAGUGUUUUAUGUGAAUCACGAAAAGGUCGUGGAAAAUAAACCAGAUCCAACAACAACCUUGCUCCAUUACCUCCGACGGCACCUUAAACUAACAGGGACGAAGAACGCUUGUAAUCAGGGAGGAUGUGGAUCGUGUACCGUCAUGCUGUCAUGGUGGGACAAAACCGAACAGCAAGUCAAACAUGCCAAUGUAAAUGCUUGCCUCGUUUUGGUAUGUCAUCUCCAUGGCUACGCCGUAACGACGGUGGAAGGGGUGGGUAGCACGCAGAGGGGGCUCAAUGGGAUACAGACAAGUUUGAUGGAGUCGUUUGGCCUCCAAUGUGGCUUCUGUACUCCGGGUAUGGUGAUGACAAUGCACACCCUGCUACAACAGAACACCAACCCUUCACAGGAAUCACUGGAGAAGGUACUUGAAGGGAACCUCUGCCGCUGCACAGGAUAUAGACCAAUUGUUGACGCAUUUCAAAGCCUUUGUAAAAAGAAAUGCGCACAGCGUAAGGAGUGCAGCAAUGGUGACAUCGAGGACCUUUGUCAUUUGACCAUUAAUGGUGGCGCUAAAUAUGAGAAUAACAGCGAUGAGAAGAGCAAAGGGAACUUCAGUUUACCAAAAGAACUUAAGAUUGAUCAAGGUACUGAGAGCCUAGAAUUCCGGAGUGGCGACUGGUGCUGGCUGAGGCCUGUGACCCUACCGGAAGUACUUACUCUGAUGGACACCCUACCAGACAGUUACAUCAUUCUGGGCGGAACCAAUCUAGUUGGAAAACUAAAAUCAAAGCAAAUCACCAAAGGCACUUUGAUCUCGUGUGCGCAUGUGGAGGAAAUGACAAUAUUUGAACAAAAGGAGGAUGGUAUUGAGAUGGGUGCGGCUCUCACUCUUUCCAGUAUCGAGGAUCGUUUUAAGUCGUACGCGCUUUCACUUAAUGGACGGGGCGUUCGUGGACAUGCGGUCACUGCCAUGCUGGACAGUCUGCAAUGGCUGGCGUCUCUUCAGAUCAGGAAUCAGGCGACUCUUGGAGGCCACGUGAUGAUUUCAGACCCUCGAUCUGAUUUGUGUGUUGUGCUAAUGGCUGCAGGGGCGAGGGCUGUGGUGAUUUCUAAAGAUGGACGCAAAGAAGUAGCGAUCGACAACAAUUUUUUUACAAGUAAUGGUUCCACAUCACUUACCCGGAGAGAAGUUUUGGUAUCGGUCAAGGUACCUUUUAACCCCGUGAACACAUACAUUGCGUACUUCAAGCAGGCUAAUAGAAAGGGUUUCGACUACGCUCUAGUGAAUGCAUGCUUCUACGCCAGGUUUGGUGAAAGUGGAUCCUUCAACACCCUUGACCUUUGUUUUGGAAGUGUGCUGGACACAACCAAAAAACUGGUCCAAGCCUCAUCACUAGCUACAUCAAGUUACCCUGACGACAGUACAUUAGGAAUGGUGUGUGAUGAGAUCAAACGUGAACUCGAAGUGGAAUCUAAAGGCACUGUCAGCAAGUACAAACAGAAACUGGCCUGUGGCUUCCUGAUCAAGUACUGGAGUGAGAUACAAAACUCACUUAAUCACAACAAAAAGGAAAAUAUCAAUGAUCUUCUUUGGAUGCCUUGCGAAGGUCAGCAGGUGUAUCAGGCGCCCUCGCCUGGACAACCGGCGCAAGAUGCAGUAGGGCGACCCAUUCCUUUGGUUGCUGCGCCUGCGCUUGUGACAGGACAAGCCAUGUUUCUUGACGACAUGCCACGGUUUGAAAAUGAGCUAUACGUCCAGCCGAUAUUGAGUACAAGAGCGCAUGCGCGGAUAUUGAGUGUAGACAAAAGUGUUGCCAUGGAUACACCAGGCGUUGUAGAUGUCUUAGAAGCGUCGUCAGUUCCAGGCGAUAAUAAGUGGGGGAUCUUUGUCAACGAUGAACCUUUAUUUGCUGAAAACGAAGUCUUUUGUGUUGGUCAAGCUAUAUGUGCCGUUGUAGCUACAUCGGAACAAUCUGCAAAGGCUGCGGCUGACCUUGUGAAGGUCACGUAUCUUGAUCUACCAAGCAUAACAACAAUGGAGGAGGCAAUCGAAGCAGACUCUUAUUUUGACUACACCUCACACCCGAUCGUUUGCGGGGACCCUAACAAACAUUUCCCACACUGUGAUUUUGUGAACAAGGGCCAGGUUCGGUCUGGUUUCCAGGAACAUUUCUAUUUAGAGCCGAGCGGAGCACUUGUUGUACCAAAAAACGAAUCUGGAGAAAUUGAAUUAUUUACAACAUCGCAAGCACCAUCAUUUUGUCAGGCAACAGCAUCUCGGAUACUUGGCAUACCAAGGAACAGAAUCAUCGUCAGGCAGAAGAGACUUGGCGGUGGCUUUGGAGGAAGAGAAUAUCGUACUCCUCUGAUGUUCGGCGCCGCUGCCAUAGCAGCACAUAAAUGGGGAAAACCUGUUCGAAUGAUUAUGGAUAGAUCUACAGAUUUUAAGACUACUGGGAAGCGUCAUCCUUUCUUGUCAAAAUAUAAGGCAGGUUUCCGGCGUGACGGGACACUCGAAGCUAUAUCAAUACAUUUCUACCUCAAUGCCGGAUACACACUGGAUGUAUCAACAGCGAUUUUGGACAAUGCAUGUUUCAAUGUAGACGCAGCAUAUAAAACGCCCGUGUUUUCAGUGUACGGACAUGUUUGUAAGACCAACACACCCUCAAAUACAUCCAUGAGGGCGUUCGGCGGGGCAGAGGCGGUCUUCGUCAUGGAGGCAAUACUGUGUUCUGUAGCGGACACUCUCGGUCUGGAUCAAGAAUAUGUACGCCAACUUAACAUGUACAGAGAAGGCAGCCUUACUCACUAUAAACGGAAACUAGAAAACUGUAUGCUACAACGUUGCUGGCGAGAUUGUAUGAUACAAAGCAACUUUGAGGAAAGAAAAGAAACAGUAGCAGCAUAUAACAGUCAGAACAAGUACCAGAAGAAAGGCAUAGCUGUAAUGCCCCUAAAAUUUGGUGUUGGAUAUCCAGUCAGGCACCUUAACCAGGGCGCUGCUUUGGUAAACAUCUACCUGGAUGGUUCCAUAACUAUUGCACAUGGAGGGGUGGAGAUGGGACAGGGUCUUCACACAAAGAUGAUACAGGUAGCUUCCCGAGCUCUAGGUGUAUCCAUAGACAACAUCUACAUCAGUGAGACAGGUACCAACACCUGCCCAAACACUACCUCAACAGCGGCCAGCGUGUCAUCAGACCUGCAAGGAGCGGCCAUUCUGGAUGCAUGCAAUACAAUCAAUGAAAGAUUACGCCCAUUUAAACAGCAGAAACCGACGGGGCAAUGGACAGAAUGGGUCAAUGCUGCCUACAUGAACAGAGUGAGUCUCUCUGCUACAGGGAUUGGCAGACCGGGAGAUCAGGAGUGGGACUUUGAGAAAGGCGUGGGUAACCCUGUCCACUACUACACGUACGGGGCCGCAUGUACGGAAGUGGAGAUUGACUGUUUAACGGGAGAACACCAGGUGUUGAGCACUGACAUCGUCAUGGAUAUUGGAAACAGUCUGAACCCAGCUCUUGACGUAGGGCAAAUUGAGGGCGGUUUUGUUCAGGGAUACGGCUGGAUCACAUUGGAGGAAUUAAAAUUUUCAUCUGAUGGUCAAACCUUAGCUAGUGGGCCUGUCGAUUACAAAAUCCCGGGCAUACGGAACAUUCCACGUCGGAUGAAAGUUUCCAUACUCAAGGAUUGUCCCAACAAGGGUACCGUAUAUUCCUCAAAGGGUGUAGGGGAGCCUCCUCUUCUCUUGGCAAUAUCAGUUUAUAUUGCGCUAAGGGAAGCCAUCCGAGCUUGCCGAAAGGAUGCGGGAUUAUCUGGUCAUUUUGACCUCGAUAUUCCUUUGACUGCCGAAAACAUUCGAAUGGCUUGUCCAGUGGAAAUUCCUACAGGCAAACCAGAUGUGUAAACAAUGGGAUAUUUAGGAAUCGGACUCCAAUAAUAUCAUAAAUUAAUUGAAGAAAUAUUUGUGAAAUUUGACAUACGUUUUGAAAUUGAAGUCUUCAUGGGUCCUAAUAUCACCACGCAAAAUUGUUCAUGGAAGGAUCCGUUUUAUGUACUUAUAUUCAAAAGAUGAUAAUUCUGGAAGUGUCCAGAAAGUGUGAAAAUAAAGCAUCGAUCUUUCUUAAAAUAAUUGUAUAAUCCAAUAUAUGUAGUUAUACGGACAAGCAAUUAACUAAACUUAUUAUUUCAUUUAUUAUUAUUAUAAAUUAUAUUUUCACAUUGAAAAUAUCAAAAGGAAAUGAUUUCUGCAAUAACCACCAUAGGUUUGCCUCACUCCCGUCUUACUGGAUAAACCAGCUAGGAGUUAGUAAACAUUUUUGAUUAACCACUAGUGGAUACUAUGUUAUUAGUAAAUCUUCUUAUAAUGACUGCUAUGAGACGUCAUCUUCCAUUUUACGUCAUACUUCAUAGAAAUUGUUCCCCAGAUUGGUAACUGGAAUGGUGUUUUCUGAAGAGAUACAUAUGAUUUUCUGGAUAUGCUAACUGAUCGUUGUGGGAGCAAAAAGUUCCCAAACUCGUGAGGUUCGAUUAUCAUAUUUAUCAAACUCUCGUUAGUUGAUUUUCAAAUUGUACAAUUAUAAAGCUCGUGUCUUUAUACAAUUCAAAAAUUAACUAAUUCGAUUGAGAUAAACAUAGAUAACCAACCAUCACUCUUUGGGCAACAUUUAUAUACAAUGUAGUUGUUUCGUUAUUUCCAAUUAUGGUCUUAACUAGUUCGUGAUCAUGUUAGCUUUUGAUCAUGCGAUGAAAUACAACGUAAAAGGAUUGUGUCAAUAACGAAUACCUAUUCUAUUAUGAGAAAUUAUAGAUCAUUAAUAACUUGUCAAAAAAAAGCGUUAAAAAUAAUUGAGAUCCAAAUCAGAUUUUUUUUUACAUCAGAAUCGAACGUCGUAACAUUGCAUGUAUACAAUCCGUAUCUACUAAUAUUUAGUGAAUUGCAGCAGUGUGCAAGUCAAUCUCAGUAAAACUAACAUAUCUUCCAUUAAA